UAUUGUCUUUGUCCAAGCUCACUCACACUAGUCACUAGCUCAGUUAGUUUCCUCCAAAUGGCUACCUUAAACACUCUCGUCUUCUUCUUCUUUUCUCUCUGUCUCAUCCUUAGCAAGAAAGCAUCGUCGCAGCUUGAUGAGCUAUGGCUGGUCGGGGACGACGAUGACGAUCCACUCAGGGCGUUGCAGACAAGGCAUGAAAGGAGAGAGGAGAAAUGCGAUUACUCAGUGGGGAAAUGGAGCUACGACGAAACGUACCCGCUCUAUGACUCAAACUGUCCGUACCUGAGCUCUGCGCUAAGUUGCCAGAAAAAUGGAAGGCCUGACUCUUAUUACCAGAAAUGGAGAUGGGUCCCUAAGUCUUGCUCACUUUCAAGGUUUGACGCAUUGAAAUUUCUGGGGGAAAUGAGGCAAAAAAGAAUAAUGCUGGUAGGAGAUUCAAUAAUGAGGAACCAGUGGGAAUCUCUUGUAUGUUUAGUACAGUCUGUGCUUCCCACUCAUCGUAAGAAGCUCACUUACAAUGGUCCUACAAUGUCUUUCCAUUCUCUGGACUUUGAGACAUCAAUUGAGUUCUGUUGGGCUCCUCUGCUUGUGGAACUCAAGAAAGGAAAUGACCGUGAAAGAGUGUUACAUUUGGACUCAAUUGAAGACAAUGCUAGAUACUGGCGAGGUGUUGAUGUUCUUGUGUUCGAUUCUGCUCACUGGUGGACACACUCUCAGAAACGGAAUUCGUGGGACUAUUAUAAAGAUGGGAACAAGCUUUACAAAGCUAUGAACCCAAUGGUUGCUUAUGAGAGAGGACUAACCACAUGGGCUGAAUGGGUUGAGAUUAAUCUUGAUCCAUCCAAAACCAAAGUCAUUUUCCGCACAAGCUCACCAAGAGAGAGUGGUCAAAAGUGCUAUAACCAGAGACAUCCAUUGCCUUCUUCUAGCGAACCACACGUUCCUCAACAAUCAAGAGUGUUGAAAAAGGUUCUUAUGAAAAUGAAAUACAGAGUGUAUUUGCAUGACAUCACAACAAUGUCGGCGUACAGGAGAGACGGGCAUCCAUCGGUGUUUAAGAGAGCAAUGGGCGAGGAGGAGAAGCAUCAUCGUUUCGCUGGACCUUUGCCAGAUUGUAGUCACUGGUGCUUGCCUGGUGUCCCAGAUAUUUGGAAUGAGAUGCUUUCUUCAAUUAUCUUAACCAAAGCUGCAUGAGUUAUGUGUCUGAGUUACUUAUAUGGUGUUGUUACUUGUAUGAGUUAUGACUUAGUCAGUGUUUGGAAAGGGAAGUCAGUGGUUUACUAUAUAUAACUAGUAUACCCUUUUCAAACUAAGAACCUAAUAAUCAAAGACAAGUGAUGAUAACAAGUACUUGAACU